UAAAAAUAGAUAAUUCUGGCUAAAUAAAAAUGUAGGAAAUAAAUUAAACCCUAGACACUACUAGAAAACUGCUUCGGUAGAUUAAAAUCGCAGAACGAGAACAAUAAACAAUCGGUGUGUAUCAUAAAUAUAACGGCAAAUAUUAAAGCAGCGAUUAGUCAAGUCAGAUACGAUAACAUAAAGUGAGGCCGCAAAAGCAAUACAAACAAGUCAUAAGUGUCAGACAACAACAAAUCAUUGUUAGAACGUUAGUAAAGUGUUUUCAAAAUAGCAUACAACAGUAGACACAACAACAACAUCGACAACACCUCCGUUGGCAGCUAGUACAUUUUGCACUUAGUUACGCCCUCCUAAACAGCGAACAAGUGUCGGCGACGAUAUCGUCAGCAACAAAAUGUCAUCGUCCGAGCAAUUUGCAACACCGACUUCCUCAACAGCGCGCAUCCAUUACAGCGAAGACUUGCCGAGCGGUAGUGGUGGCGGCCAAUAUACGCAGCACUACAACAAUAACGGUGGUCAGGCAUCACAGGGGGCUACACCACAUGGCUCGCCGCAGCUCACGCAACGACUGGGCCGCCAUUUAAGUAAAUCCGCAUCGGAAUUGAACGGACACGACUGCCAUAGUGAGCGUGAUUCGCCACGUACAUCGCCGAAACGUGCCAAAAGUGCCGCUACAGCGCAUAGUGGUGGUGUCGCCGGCGGUUCGGGGCACAGCGGUACCGGUGGUGUCUUCCAAAAGACGCACGGCUUUUUCAAUACGUUGAAGCAUCGUUGGAAUCGUGCGAAAAGUAAGGAUCGUUCGGGGCGCAAGUCACCGAGUGAUUUUCUCGAAGAAAGCACUGAUUAUGCAGCCGAUUAUAGUUCCGAGAGUAGUUCGGUUACACAAAGUCCACGUCACCGUGCUACAACGAUAGGUGGUUCACCGUUGGCGAAGGAAUUCAGCGCUUCCGUGAGAAUGGCGCAAAUGAUACAUCGUUUUGGUGGCUCUAUGGAGGGACGCAUCGAAGAGCAUCCAGAAAAUGGUAGCGGUAAUGGUAGUGCUGUUGGCAGCAGUGGCGCGACUAUGGAGGAUUAUGUGUCGUCGAAGCAAAUCGAAGUGCUGCAGGCGGAAGAGUUGCGCCGCAAAAAGGAAGCGCAUUUACGACAGUACGUCUUCUUUCAGCUGCGCGUGCAUCUGAAGAGCGGCAGCGAUUUGAUGGCCAUGGAUAAAAACGGCCUAAGUGAUCCUUAUGUAAAAUUUAAGGUUGGCGGUCGUCUGCUGCAUAAAUCACGCACAAUUCAUCGAGACCUGAAUCCGGUGUGGGAUGAAGUGUUCAUUGUGCCCAUCGAAGAUCCCUUUCUGCCUAUUAAUAUUAAGGUAUUCGAUUAUGACUGGGGACUGCAGGAUGAUUUCAUGGGUUCCGCACAAAUCGAUUUGACGACAUUGGAGUUGGGCAAAGCGGAAGACCUCUGCCUGCCAUUGCAUGACUUAAAUCAUCCAGAGCGUCAAAUGGGUGAAAUACUCGUAAAUCUAACACUUUGGCCGCGUAGUCAAGAGGAUAAGGAAAUGCACUUUCAGCGCAAUACUAAAUUGGCCGAAUCAUCGAAGCGUUUGAAAUCACAGAUCUGGAGCUCGGUCGUCACGAUAUUGUUGGUCAAAGCCAAAGAUCUGCCAUUGGCCGACGAUGGUAGCAAACUCACCGAUAUACAUAUUAAAUUUAGACUCGGCAAUGAGAAGUACAAAAGUAAGUCUUCCUGGACCGAACGUUGGCUGGAACAAUUCGAUUUGCAUCUCUUCGAUGAUGACCAAAAUCUGGAAAUCUCGCUUUGGAAUCGCAAUGCGCUCUACGGCAAAGCCAACAUUGAUUUGAGCGUGUUCCAACGUGAGACCACACAUGGCAUUUGGCGUGCCUUUGAAGACUGUUCCGGUGAAGUGUUUCUUAUGUUGACCAUAAGCGGCACUACCGCGCUAGAAACAAUUACCGAUCUCAAAGCGUACAAGGAGGAUCCACGUGAGAUGAAAAUCAUGCGCGAUCGUUAUCGUUGGCAUCGUUGUUUUCAGAAUUUACGCGAUGUCGGACAUCUGACAGUGAAAGUGUUCGGUGCGACGGGUUUGGCGGCAGCUGACAUCGGCGGCAAGUCCGACCCAUUUUGUGUGCUCGAGUUGGGUAAUGCGCGCUUACAGACACAAACCGAAUAUAAGACGUUAACGCCGACGUGGAAUAAAAUUUUUACCUUCAAUGUCAAGGACGUCACACAAGUACUCGAGAUAACAGUCUACGACGAAGAUCGCGAUCAUCGCGUCGAAUUUUUGGGGAAGCUUGCAAUUCCACUACUGCGCAUCAAAAAUGGUGUCAAACGCUGGUAUACUCUAAAAGACAAAAAUCUUUGCGCGCGGGCCAAAGGAUUAUCGCCACAGAUCUGCCUUGAGAUGACCGUACUUUGGAAUGAUGUGCGUGCCAUUUGUCGUAUAUUACAGCCGAAAGAGGAGAAACUGAUACAACAGGAAGCGAAAUUCAAGCGCCAACUCUUUCUACGAAACGUCAACAGACUGAAAGUGAUAAUUAUGUAUAUUUUGGAUGCGGCGCGUUACGUACAAAGUUGCUUUGAAUGGGAGUCACCGCUGCGCUCAGCCAUCGCUUUUGCUCUGUGGAUAUUGGCCUGCGUCUAUGGCAAUUUGGCGACUGUGCCAUUAGUCUUGCUGCUAAUCAUAAUCAAAAACUGGUUGGUGCGCAUGAUUACCGGUACGAGUAAUGAUCCUGCCGCUGGCUACUAUGAUUACGACUACGAUGAGGAUGAUGACGAUGAUAAGGAGAAGGAGGAGAAGAAAUCGAUUAAAGAGCGUCUACAAACCAUACAGGAAGUCUCUCAAACGGUGCAAAACACGAUUGGCUAUCUGGCGUCGCUCGGCGAAAGCACUAAAAAUACUUUUAAUUUUUCCGUCCCGGAACUAACGUGGCUCGCAGUGGCGCUGCUAGUUGGCGGUAUUGUGGUCUUGCACUUCAUACCCAUACGCUUUCUGCUACUCUUCUGGGGCAUUAUGAAGUUCUCGCGACGCAUUCUACGCCCAAACACGAUACCGAAUAAUGAGCUGUUGGACUUCCUAUCACGUGUGCCAGACGAUGAACAAAUCAAUCAAUUCCGUGAACUGCCACCCACAGCGCCCACCGAUCAGUCGCGCAAUAAUCCCAAGAAAAAAUUCAAAGCUUCAUAGUCCAUUGCCAAUUUAGAUGCCACUGGUGCGCUGCAACAAUUCCAGAGCACGACCGUGUCGCAGCAAAUUGGUUUCAAUGAUGCUGGCACCGACGGUGGCAUGUUGCCGCAACAUGUUGGCAGCGCAAGAACACGCUCCGUGCGCAACAUAUUCAAAGCAAGUCGUGACAACUUGAAGCAGCAACUGAAUAAAGCUUACGGUAAAGGCGUAAAAAAAUCAAAUUAGCAAAAAUUGUGUAAACUAUAAGUGAUCCACAUACUUUAGCAUAUAAUCUCAACAAAAAAACAACAACAAAAUUAAAUGAUGACUUUACUAAACUAAACUUAAUGAUUGACUUAAAUGUGAACUUUCGAAAACUUAAGCAAUUUAUUGAAAACACAUCCAAAAAAAGGCACUUCCAAGUUCCAAAGCUUACACAAUUAAUGAUAAAUGAUAUUUAAACUUAUGCAAUUAACUGUUGAUUACUGAUGAAAUUAACUGAUAAUUAAUAUUUUUACUUAUAAAUAUACACUCAAACAAUCAUUCAUAUAAGUAUUUACGGUAUUUAUUAAAAAGAGCAAACUACACUAUUUACAAAAACCAAAAAAAAAAAAAAACCAAUUCUUAGCACUUUACUAAAACUAUUUCACUCGAAAAUUGUAUUAGUAUAACUGUAAAUACAAACAUAGUUGCUUAAGUACUUAUUAAUUCCACUUAAGUCAUACCUAAAUGUUUUUCACAAAAUAAAUAAUUAAUUUUUUUAACAACAUACAUAGCAUAAUAUUCGGAUUGUCAAAUUAAAAUUUAAUUAACUAAUACCAAAAACAAAAAAAUGCUAGCACAUACCUAAUUAUAUUGAAAUUUAUACUUAGCAUAGAUAUUCAAAUAUUAUUUAAGCGAUUUGUUACAAGAUUUGUGAUAUUUUCUAAGAGAUAAAUUUAUUAGACUCAUAUUUAAUAGGCACACGAAUUUAGUUAACAAAUUUCUUAAGCUUAAUUGAAGCCAGUAUUCCUGCUAAUUGUCCCAGCAGUGUAAACACUUAUUACUUAAUAUUAUAGCAAUGUACAGUUACAUUAAUUUUUCAGGUACACUUUUUAUUAGCGAGUAAGAAAACAUUUAUUUUAACCGCACACGAAGCUUAUGCACCAUUAAACUAUUAACAUCAACAAAAUUCUAAAAGAAAAAUUUUAUUUUAUUUUACUGCAAAAUAAAAUUAGAACCCUAA